GUGACGGUUGGAAAACAAGCGAUUUCCUUACUGCUCAUGUGAUUUGUGUUUUUGAGUUCACAGAGAAGUCAUGUCCAGCAGGUACCAGAUAGUGGUGCAGGGCGAGGCGUCUGAGACAGACUCUGAUGAUGAAGUCUACAUCACCUCCCUGCCCGCUCCACAAACUGCCUCAGUCGGAGCCAAGGUUCCUGGAGAGGCGUCUGAAACAGACAGCGAGGGCGAGGAGGAGGAGCAGGCAGACCGAGCCUCUGCAGUGAGCCAGGAGGGCGCUCAGAUACUGAGGAGAGACCUGCCUCCUCUUAUCGUAGUCAGAGACCAUCCUGAUAUACAGUCCAUAGUGGAAGACAGGCCAAGCCCCACACACAGGCCAUAUGGUGACACCCUUUUACAACAAAAGCUGCGGGAGUCUAACAGCCAUCUGUAUCACGACGUGUCACAGACUCUACGGCAGGUUUAUGGCGGUGCUGCCAAAGAGGUGCGCAGUGCAACAGCUCAGCUGAAUACGUCGCAGGGCGCCAUCAUCAACGCUUCUCACAGCAUCAGAUUAAUUCUGGAUGACCUGAAGGCUGUGUCUGAGAAGAUUGACAUUAUCACCAGCUGUCAAAUACUGCCUGAUAUUAACAUGAGUGACCCAAAUAAUUAUACAGCUCCUGUCCCUUAAAGAAACAAAACGAUAUAUAUAUAUUUAAAAUAAACAUUUUAACAUAAUUUCAGUGAAUAUGAGAGACUCAAGCUCUAAAAAUAGCAUGUUUGCUUUACUUUAGUGUAAUAUAUACUGUGUGUAUUUAUCUGUCCGGUAAUGUCUGUUCCUGUGUCUGGAACUUUGGGGAUAUUUCUGUAAAGAGCAGGAGUCGAGGAAAAAAAACACCUGUUCUGUCAUCUCAAGUUUUGCAUCUCUCUUCCAGGAGUUAUAGUUUGGUGUACAUUUCACAUAGGAAUUUAUUGAUAAUAUCCAUUUUUUUUUACCUGCAGUGCUUUGUAAAUAUUAAUAUAACUCAACAUAAUAUCUUAAACCACUGAGCUGAUUUUUAUAUGGCUUAUCAUUUUGUGUCUGUUGUUUUCUGGUCCUCUGUGAUAGGCCAAGGAGGUAGAGCUGUACAAUUUUCUCAUAGUAUAAUUUUUUUUUUCUUUUUUCCCAUGUGUUAAAGCUGUAAAAUAAAAGUAACUCAAUAAUAUAAAUUGACACAUUGCCCUGAUGCUUCACUGAUGUGGCUUUGAAUAAAAGUAGAGAUGAUUGAAAUCA